CAGCCUGCUGACGUCACCGUCGGUCCCAGUAUAAACACGGACGGUCCGGAGCGCUAUGUUAAUGAGCAGCUUCAGGCCUCCAAACACGGACGAACCGAGCUGUCCGGAAACAAACGGUCUGAGCCGGAGGUGCUGGCGGGGUCCUCCCGGGACUGGCGCUCAGUCUGGGACUGUAGGGACACGUUUGGCUGGAGCUGCGCAGAUAACGGUCCGAGCCAGAGCCGUGAUUUCCCGCUACUUUACCGACAGUAACGGACACUCCCCCGCCCGGGGUUCGGGACAGCACACGCCGCUUUGUGUGGGUGUUACAUGGAAAAGAAGCGCCAUGGAGUUUCAGCGGAGCCUCUCCCAGAGCUCGGACACGGUGAGGUAACGGGAGCGGGACGGGGUUGCCUCACACACACACAUCAGACAGCAGCAACCUGUUGCUGGUUGCCGGUGACGCAGAGAGGAUGAGCGGGACUACCGGGCUGUUGCUGCUACUGCUCAGCGGCCGUGCUGCGUUCAUCGUCUGCCGGUCCCUGAACGCACCCCAGGAUGUGGGGAGUCUGCCUCGGGACGGACAGACGGACGGUACCGACAGUCUGACAGCCACGGUGACAGGUGUGGACAGACGCCAACGCCCGCUGCUGGCAAAAACUCGCCCAUUCGUUCUGGUGGACGGGCGGAGACGGAGCCUCGAGGAAGCUUUCCGGGACGGCCACCCCGACAGGCUGCAGUGUGGGCUGGAGGUGGGAGGAAGACUCUUCCUGCUGGAGCUGGAGAAGAACCACGACCUGCUGCCCAAACCGCCGAACGUCUUCUACUACCUCCCCAACGGUACCGGAGUGUCUGUAAUGGCCAACCCUGUGACUCACUGUUAUUACCACGGCAGCGUCAGAGGCUUCCCCCAGUCCAGAGUGGCUCUGAGCACCUGCUCAGGACUCCGUGGCAUCAUCGCCCUGAACGCCACCCUGAGCUUUGAGCUGCAGCCACAGGAGGAGCAACAACAUCACCACCAGCAGGCGAGGAAGGAAGAGGAGGAGGAGGGUGCAGGAGGGGAGAGUGGAGGAGGAGGAGGUGAUGAUGAAGGAGGAGUCCACCUGCUGUUCUCCACCUCCCCCCUGGAGGACGACGCUGCAGGAGGCUGUGGAGUGUCGCACACCGCCGUCCCCCCCAUCCACAGCUCCACACACACACACAGGACGAAGAGAGACAUCCUGUCUGAGACCAAAUACAUCGAACUGGUGCUGGUGGCCGAUCACCAGGAGAUGAAGCGAUUUCUCUCUUCCUGUCAGGAUCACCUGGUCAGUGUUCUGGGCGUGGCUUCAACUGUUGCUCACGAGCUAGGUCACAACCUCGGGAUGAGCCACGACACCGCGGAGCGCCACUGCUCCUGCCAGAACGAGCCGCGGCUCGGCGGCUGCAUCAUGGAGCCCUCAACCGGGUUCAUGCCGGGUCAGCUAUUCAGCAGCUGCAGCGCUGCAGAUCUGUCCGUCAGCCUGCUGCACGGCGGCGGCAUGUGUCUGUUCAACGUGCCACAGCCGGAGCAUCUGCUGGGAGGACCUCGACUAAACUUUGGCUCUUUUGGUUUAAACCAGUUUAAAACGUGCAUUUGUGACUGGUUUCUCUUUCUGUCUUCAGAUGCCACCAGCGCUCCCGCCGUCUGUUUCUCGUCUGUGAACAAAAAGGGAAACAAAUAUGGAAACUGUGGUCAGCUGACCAACGGCUCCUACAUCCCCUGCGGGAACUCGGACGUUCACUGCGGCAGGAUCCAGUGUCAGGGUGGGAGGGACCGCCCCCUGCUGGGCACCAACGCCGAGAUCCUCACCACCAGGGUCCACUUCAACAACAGCGACCUGGUCUGCAGAGGCACCUUCUUCCACCUGGGUGACGACGUGUCCGACCCCGCCACCGUGGCCCACGGCACCGCAUGCGGCCGCGGCAAGGCCUGUUUGAACCAGAAGUGUCAGGAUGUGUCAGUGUUUGGUGUGGACGAGUGUCGCAGGAAAUGCAACGGCCACGGGGUGACCGCCCGUCUCUUUGAUUUACUCGCCUUCUCAUCCAGGACUCCGGCGAUGGAGCGAGUGGACGGCAGGAACGGAGAGCAGGUCCGACCUCUCAGAUACCACCUGAACCCUCAGACGGACAUCCCGCUGACCCCGCCCCAAAAAGAGGUUCAUGACAGACCUGCUCCUCCCACUAAGCCACUCCCCCCAGACCCUGCUCUAAAACCUCCACCGCAGCAGCUGGUGAGUCGACCAGCUCCGCCCAACAAGCCUCUCCCCCCUGACCCCAUCACACCUGGACAGGUUUCUGUUCCACUCAAACCUCUAGUCCCAAAGAAGCCGCGCCCUCCAGCCAUGCCGUCCAACCCCUACCUUCCGCCACACCCCGUCUACAACAGUAAACCGCCGCCACACGGGGCAGUCGCACCUGCUGCUGCCGGACCCAACAGACGGCCUCCUCUUCCUCCGCUGCGACCCGCCGUCCCUCUGAAGGUGGAGUCCUCUCCUCCGCUCUGACCCGCCGGGUGACCUUUGACUGAUCACAGAGCAGCUGAAGGUGGAGACGAUGGAGAUGAUGGAGACUCGCUGUCACCGGAUUUCAUCCUCACGAGUAUUAAUAAGCGCUGCUGUAUCUCUGGAGUUCAGUGCCUUGCUCAGCAGCACCUCGGCAGCGGUUAAUGUGGAUGUUUGGGUGAUGUCACGUUCAUUCAGUGCCUUGCUUAAAGACCCUCGACCUAUGAUUAGUGGUUUCUAAACUGUGGUCCGCGGCCCAUCUGCAGACGUUUUGGUUGUUUUUAGUGAAACUUUGUUUUUUUUACAUAAACGCGUAUCGAGCGGACAGACUUCCUGACUGCUCCAGGAUCUUCUGAUCAACAAACACUUGGAUGAAUGUUCGAGCGGGCAGCAGCAGAGGAGUCACAGAUUUGCUACAUUUUAUUUUCUGUUACAGAGAAAACAGAUUUUUCCACUUUGCUCUGAAUAUUUUUAUGCAGAUUCCCACAAACAGGCUCGAGUCGCUAUUGGACAACAUCCUCGCUCUUAUUUUGAAAGCUGCACUGCUGCUGACCUGAGCCCAGCUUGUUUCCCUGCAGACGCCGUCUCUGCGUCUGCAGCUGGCGAUGACUCUGUGCUCCUCCCUCUCCUGGGAUACACAGUGAGCUGGACGAGCGACCAAUCACACCAGCAGCAGGUGUACAGGAAGUGCAAUCACCAGCUGAGCUCCGCCACAGUCAGAGGAGAGGCGGCACAGAGUGGGCACAGAGCAGCGGUCCGGUUCAUUAUGAUCCAUGCGUGACUUCCUGCCUCGCUGAUGCCGCAUAUGCAGCGUCACUGUGCAGGAAACGCCGCUGUCAGGAAGAGCGACGGCGAGUAAAGCUGUAACGCUGCUAACUGUUCGGACUUUAUUCUGAAAAUGUCUCCCUCCUAACUUUCACGUGUUCACAGGAAUAAAGUAAGACGAGGUUUUUGGCCGUCGUCACUUUGAUCUCAGAGCUUCAGCCUUUAUUUUCACAAUAAAAGAUCAGGACUUUAUCACCAUGCUGUUACGUAAUGUCAGUGAGUUUUGUUUUUUAAGGUUUCUACUGUACAAACGCUCUGAUGACGUCCGUCUUUUCAGCUUUGCAGGUUUUUGUGAUUUUUAUGUACGUGUGUACUUUGACUUUAUUGUGAAAAUCUGACGUUUUUGUUCUUCGUUCUUUUCUUAAAUGUUCGCCACGCCUCUCUCGCCUUCGCCCACGUGUUUCUACACCUGCUGACUGUGUUUAAUUUUGCUGAAUCGUGGUUUUUAUUUUCUGAACCCGCCUUGAGAGCAGAGACAGCAGGAAUGUGCCCGAUUGUUUGUAACGUGACACCAAAGAAACGCUGGGAGACUGAAGCGAUGAAGCUUCAGAGGAAGGUUGAUGUGAGCUGCUCAAGGAGCAGUUUGCAGUUUAACCAUCGGCUCGUUGCCUUCUCGCUUGCAGCUGUGUGACGUGCUUUAAUUUAAAGACAUCUGAGAAAACGUGACUGUUGCCUUUUUGUAGUUUCUGUCCUUGGAUCCUGGAGGUGGACCGAGCGGCCCCCGGUCACCCCGAGAGGGCUGGGGGUUGAUGCCUGUCCAGCCUGUGUGCCUGGUAUUAGAUUAAACUGCAGUGAUGUGACUAAAAGAAAGUCUGACGCCUCAACUUCAGUUAUUUUGUCCCCACAGUGAAUAAAUGUUUCUAGCUGCUGUGUUCAGAGCAGAUUCACAUAAACCUGCAGUAAAAUAAACAUAUCAAUAAAAAAUAUAUAUAUUUGAAAAA